UGCAGAGAAGAAGGAGCUUCUCCAAUGGUCACAUGUAUAGAAAAUGUUGAAGAGACCUGCCUCUUUCAUAGGAAGGGAAAGUUUCAUGUCCAUCAUGCUGUCAGCUCUACAAGGGCAAGCCUGCUUGAUUCAACAGCUGUAUUCACAGAACUAUGCCUGGAAAAGCAAAGUCUGAACACAUCCAUCAACCUUGCUUGAAGAAUCUUUGGGGAGCAGGCUUGCCUCUGACCCACCAUGACACCCACAGGCUUCACAAGCCCUGUUCCUAACAUGUCUGAUGACUACAGCUAUGAAUCCACAUCUUCCGUGGAAGACUAUAUCAACUUCAACUUCACUGACUUCUACUGUGAGAAGAACAGUGUCAGGCAGUUUGCGAGCCAUUUCCUCCCGCCCUUGUACUGGCUUGUGUUCAUCGUGGGUGCUUUGGGCAACAGUCUGGUCAUCCUUGUCUACUGGUACUGCACAAGAGUGAAGACCAUGACUGACAUGUUCCUUUUGAAUUUAGCCAUCGCUGACCUCCUCUUUCUGGUCACUCUUCCCUUCUGGGCCAUUGCCGCUGCUGACCAGUGGAAAUUCCAGACCUUCCUGUGCAAGGUGGUCAACAGCAUGUACAAGAUGAACUUCUACAGCUGCGUGUUGUUGAUUAUGUGCAUCAGCGUGGACAGGUACAUCGCCAUUGCCCAGGCCAUGAGAGCGCAGACCUGGAGGCAGAAAAGGCUUCUGUACAGCAAAAUGGUUUGCUUUAUCAUCUGGGUACUGGCAGCCGCGCUCUGUAUCCCGGAACUCUUAUACAGCCAAAUCGAGAGGGAAUCUGGCAUUGCUGUCUGCACUAUGGUUUACCCUAGGGACGAGAGCACCAAACUGAAGUCAGCUGUCUUGACCCUGAAGGUCAUUCUGGGGUUCUUCCUUCCCUUUGUUGUCAUGGCUUGCUGCUACACCAUCAUUAUUCACACGCUGAUACAGGCCAAGAAGUCGUCCAAGCACAAGGCCCUAAAAGUGACCAUCACUGUCCUGACCGUCUUUGUCUUGUCUCAGUUUCCCUACAACUGCAUUUUGUUGGUGCAGACCAUUGACGCCUAUGCCAUGUUCAUCUCCAACUGUGCCGUUUCCACCAACAUUGACAUCUGCUUCCAGGUCACCCAGACCAUUGCCUUCUUCCACAGUUGCCUGAACCCAGUUCUCUACGUUUUUGUGGGCGAGAGAUUCCGCCGGGAUCUUGUGAAAACCCUGAAGAACUUGGGUUGCAUCAGCCAGACCCAGUGGGUUUCAUUUACAAGGAGAGAGGGAAGCUUGAAGCUGUCAUCUAUGUUGUUGGAGACAACCUCAGGAGCACUCUCCCUCUGAGGGGUCUUCUCUGAGGUGCAUGGUUCUUUGGGAGAAAUGAGAAAUACAGAAACAGUUUCCCCCACUGAUCAGACCAGAGAGAAACCACAGGAGAAAAAGGAAGUGAGAGAAAAAGAAAACUCAGAAAGGGAUGAAUCUGAACAAUACGAUUACUUUUAGUCAGAAUUUCCCAAAGCAAAUAUUUCGAAGUCGACUGACUAGUCCAAGAGGCUGUUGAUUGGCUCUUGACUGUAAUGCCUGCAAUUCUCAAAGGAGGACUGAGGACCAGCCCUGUGGACCACCCUGGUUUUGCCACUGGCCAGAGUGUCAGUGCCGCUGCCUCUGGAGGAGCCCAUGGAUUUUCUCUAUGCACUGUGAACUUCUGUGGCUUUCAGUUCUCAUGCUACCCCUUCCAAAAGGCGCCACAGAAGCACUGGUCGCUGCUACAGACCACAAAAGCAGAAGAAGGUUUCGUGAAAGCGUCCAUCUUUGGGAAGUUUUCUACCCUACUUUUGAGCCUGAUAACCCAUGCCAGGUCUUACAGAUUCCUGAUGUAGAACCUUCCCAGGCAAUCUCAGAUCUGAUUCUCUUCUGUUCUCCUCGUUCCAUUCUGGGCCAGUGAAGGUCCUUGUUCUGAUUCUGAAAUGAUCUGCAGAUCUGGCCAGUAAACCCCUGGACAACUGGCCACACCCACAAGGCAUCCACAGUCUGUUGGCUUCCAAGCCAUUUCUGCGUCCUGCUGGAGGUUCUGACCUGGUCUAGGAUUCCGCUUAUUCCUUGACACGGUGACUGUCCCUCCAUGGCCUGAGCAGGGAGGUUAACAGCUGGGUUCACAGGAGCCAGCCUUGGCCCUGUUGUGUAGGCUUGUUCUGUUGAGUGGCACUUGCUUCGGGUCCACCGUCUGCUCCCUAGAAAAUGGGCUGGUUUUCUUGGCCCUCUUCUUUCUGAGGCUGCUGGAAGGCGAUUUACUUCGAUGCUUCUCCUUUUCUUACUCUCUAAUGGCAACAUUUUAAAAGCAUUAAUAACUGAUAAAUUAGGCUGAAACUGCUGAAAAAAAUAAGUAAUAGAAUUUACCUUUGCAUCUUUUGAGUCUUUCUUUUCAGGAUUUGGCAAAAUGUAUCACCUUUGACAACAUUUCACAUAUUGGAAAAGUGCUUUUUAAUGUGUAUAUAAAAUAUCAAUUACUUGUCACUUUCUUUACCCGCCUCAAUAUUUUAAGUGCGUGUAAUUAAAGAUCAAGUAG